UGCCACACGUGUUUUCUCUCCGGCAGCCUCGCCAUGGAUCCCUGGAGGCCCCCUUUCCAGGGCGCUGCCCCCUUUCGCAAGCCCUGUGGGGCCCGCAUGCCUGGGCCUCAGCUGCAGCUGCCUCAGCCUGAGCAUCUGGUCCGUGGCAGGGCAGCGUCCGUCCCACCUGCCAGCAGGAUGCAGAGGGUGCCGGAGGAGCCACGGCAGCCAGCAGGGCUGGUACAGCAGGAACCUCUGGCAUCUGUCAUGACUCUGCCUUCCAUGUUCCAAGGACUUGGUUUUGAGACCAUCCCGAGACCUGCCUUGGGACGGGCAGUUCAGCCUUUGGGUCGAGGCAUCUUGGGCAAGGGCAUGGGUGGUAUGGAGGCCAACCCUAAAGCAGUCAUGCCAGUGCAGCCCACCUUUCCAUCACCAAAUGUCAUGCCAGCUGGGUACAGCAAAGGGGAGAGGAUGCCGCUUUUUCCUGGCAGAAUUCUUGGCCGUGGGCAAAUGGAAGCUCCACCUGUCCCUCUUGGAAGAAUGGCUGUGUCACUCGGCAGGGUGUUGUGCAAAGUUCCUACAGACUUGACUUCCCUGCACACAGGUGUGCUUCAGCCUCAGCUCUUGCAGCCACUGCUGUCACCCCUCAGGUUUGCAUCCCAGCCAGAAAGUCCUCUUCCCAUCCUUGUUGAACAGAUGGAGAGAAAAGAACCGGUAGUGAAGCAAGGAUCUAAAGGAACUCCGUUCCCCUUGGGAUUGAACCUGAUUAAAAUACACUGCAAAAAUGAAGCCGUUUACCAGUACCAUGUGACUUUCAGUCCUAAUGUGGAAUGCAAGAGUAUGCGGUUUGGGAUGAUGAAGGAGCAUAGAUCGGUGACAGGAGACGUUACGGCAUUUGAUGGCUCUAUCCUCUACCUGCCUAUCAAGUUGCCUCAAACUGUUGAUCUGAUAUGUCAGAGAAAGACAGAUGGAGCUGACAUCACCAUAAAGCUUCAGAUGACCAAAAUCCUAGAGCCCAGCUCGGACCUGUGCAUUCCGUUUUACAAUGUGGUCUUCAGGAGGGUGAUGAGGAUUUUAGAUAUGAAACUUGUUGGGAGAAAUUUCUACGAUCCCACCAGUCCUACAAUGCUGCAGCAGUAUAGGUUGCAGAUAUGGCCAGGUUACUCAGCCAGUAUCCGGAGGACGGAUGGAGGUCUCUUCCUGUUGGCAGAUGUCUCCCACAAGGUUAUCCGGAAUGAUUCUGUCCUGGAUGUAAUGCAUGCAAUCUACCAGCAGAGCGCAGAGAACUUUCAGGAUGAGUGCACCAAGCAGCUAAUUGGCAAUAUCGUCAUUACCCGCUAUAAUAAUCACACUUACCGUGUUGAUGACAUUGACUGGAACAAGACUCCGAAGGACAGUUUCACCAUGUCUGAUGGGAAGGAGAUCACCUUCAUAGACUAUUACAGCAAAAAUUAUGGUAUAACAGUCAGGGAGCUGGACCAGCCGCUGCUGAUUCACAGACCCAAUGAAAGGCAGACUUCCCAAGGGAAGCUUCAGAGGGGUGAGAUUCUGCUGCUGCCAGAGCUCUCCUACAUGACCGGGAUCCCUGAGAAGAUGAAGAAGGACUUCAGAGCCAUGAAGGACCUAACCCAUCAGAUUAAUCUGAGUCCCAAGCAGCACCACGCAUCCCUGAGUAAUCUCCUGCACAGGAUUGAGGAGAAUGAAGCUGCCAGCAAGGAAAUGUCACGGUGGGGACUAUGUUUGGACAAGGACGUGUAUAAGACGCAAGGGCGCGUUCUCCCCAUGGAAAGAAUAAACCUGAGGACCAGCUCUUUUAUGACUUCUGAGGACUUAAACUGGACCAAAGAGAUAACAAGAGAAGCCGCCAUCUCUACGAUUCCCAUGCAUUACUGGGCAUUGUUUUAUCCAAAACGGGCUGUGGACCAAGCACGAGAGUUGGUCAGCAUGCUGGAGAAGGUCUCUGGCCCGAUUGGCAUGCAGUUAAACCAGCCUGCCUGGGUGGAAUUGAAAGAUGAUCGAAUAGAGACCUAUGCCAGGACUAUCAAAUCCAUCUUGGGCACUGAGGGUAAGAUGCAGGUGGUCGUAUGUAUCAUCGCCGGGACCAGAGAUGACUUGUACGGAGCCAUUAAAAAGCUGUGCUGUGUGCAGUCUCCAGUAACCUCUCAGGUCAUCAAUGCUCGAACCAUCAUGACCCAGCCAAACAAACUAAGGAGCAUAGCACAGAAAAUUCUGCUGCAGAUUAAUUGCAAGCUAGGCGGGGAACUCUGGGGAGUGAACAUCCCAUUGAAACAGCUGAUGGUGAUUGGCAUGGAUGUGUACCACGAUCCCAGCAGGGGAAUGCGCUCUGUGGUUGGCUUCGUUGCAAGCACCAAUCAUGCUGUCACAAAGUGGUAUUCUAGGGUUGUGUUCCAGAUGCCUCAUCAGGAAAUUGCAGACAGUUUGAAGCUUUGCCUGGUCGGUGCCUUACAGAAGUUUUAUGAGGUGAACCACUGUCUCCCUGAGAAGAUAGCAGUUUAUAGAGAUGGGGUGUCAGACAGCCAGCUGAACACAGUGGUCAGCUACGAGAUCCCACAGCUCCAGCAGUGCUUUGAAGCCUUUGAGAACUACCAGCCCAAGAUGGUGUUCUUUGUGGUUCAGAAGAAAAUCAGCACCAAUCUCUACUCUGCUUCCACUGAGCACUUUGUAACCCCUGCUCCAGGGACUGUAAUUGACCAUACUGUCACCAGCAGAGAUUGGGUGGAUUUUUACUUGUUGUCUCAUCACGUCCGGCAGGGUUGCGGCAUCCCAACGCGCUAUAUCUGUGUGCUUAACACGGCCAACCUCAGUCCUGACCACAUGCAAAGGUUGACUUUCAAGCUUUGCCACAUGUACUGGAACUGGCCAGGUACUAUCCGAGUUCCAGCCCCCUGCAAAUACGCUCACAAGCUGGCCUUUCUCGCAGGACAGUUUCUGCACCAUGAGCCAGCUAUUCAGCUCUGUGAGAGACUCUUUUUCCUGUAACCUGGAAAGCUGGGAGGUGAAGGGGAGAAUCUAGCUCCUCAAACAGCAGAUGGAGAAGGAAGCCUCUUGGAUGGGGCUUUCAUUGCUCUGUGGUCACCCCCUGAAAGGACACUGCACACCAGUGCCUCUGACAGCCAUAUAAAAGGAGACUCUCUUCUAAGUUUGUUUUUAUAAAUAUAUAUAUUCUGCAUUUCUUUUUACUUGGUUACUUAAAAGACACUUGAACAUUAGACCCAGAAACACGACCUCCUUUAAAAUGGAUGCAAUAAUCUGGUGGGGAAUUUUGCUUCUUGACUUCUGUUGCUCUCCUGCGUAUGAAAACAAAAGCAGUAUGCUGCCUUUACAGCAGCAUUUUAACCCCACGUCCCCACUGCUGGGCUAAUGGCAUUGAGGUUGGCUCAGCAGCACAGAAGUAAAUAGUGUUAAUUUCAUACUCCAAGGGAGGGGUGUGAUCAGGUCAUUGCUGGUCAUAGGAAAGGAACAGAAUCAGCAGAGGUAGGGCUGUCUUUACUGGAAUGUUGACCUAAGGUUAAAGAUACUUAGCAGUGGCUAUUUAUGAAUGGGUGCCUGGUAACAGCCAUUUGCAAAGGGAUGUGAAGAUGCGACAGGAAUGGAUAAAUCUUGUUUCAAAGGGUAGUGUUCAGUUUGCAAACAAUUAAAUCUGUUCCCAGUCAGCUGGUUGCCCCAGGAAAUGGGACUGCAGGGUUCCAUUGUGAGGGAGAGUUUGAGCUUGCUUGCUUGCUUGAGCAUAUGCAGGUGACAUGCUAAGGGCUAGUCUACACUACCGCGCUCCAUGGGCUGCGCCAAUGCAACUGUGCUGCUGUAGCGUGUCUGGUGAAGAUGCACUAUGCGGAUGGAAGAGCGCUCUCCCAUCAGCAUAAUUACUCCACCUCAACGAGAGGCAGAAGCUAUGUCGGUGGGAAAGCGUCUCCCGCUGACUUAGCACUGGUGCAGACAGCGCUGAAGUCCAUGCACUGUGUGUUCCUCAGAGGGGUGGCUUUUUCACACCCCAGAGCAAUGUAAGUUACAUCGACUUAAGCAGUAGUGUAGACAAGCCCGAAGAAGACAGUCAGGUAUUUUUGAGCCUGGUGCCUGGAUACACUGUUCAGAAGGAACAUGGCCCACCUUUUUUAUUUUAUUUUAUUUUUUUCUACUUUUUAAGAGCUGUCUCCGCUUGUACUGUAAAUGCAACCUUCAGGAGCUUAUCUCCGACAAACAACAGCAGGUGUUGGGUGGCGGAGAAAGCUAGAUCUUCCCACAGAGUUCCUGUUUAUAUCUGGGAUGAUUUUGUUGCAUUUCAGUGCUCAACAAAUAGUUCUGUAGUGCAGGCUAAGGCCAAGCACAAUGUAGAAACUAUUUAUGCAUCAUCGUGGUGGAAGGCAGCUUUCCCGUGAGCAUUUCCUGUGAGUUUCUGCACUUCUACCCUAGAGCAGGCUGCAGUAGGAGAGUUGCAUUAAGCCAGAGCCCCAAAAAAACCACUAAAUAAGACAGCCUCAGACUUGGCAGGGGGAGGGUUAUCUACAGAUCGUCUGCAGUCCCCGCCUUCCUCACUCCCACAUGGGCUAAUAGGAUGUCCUAAGGCAGAAGAAGUGGUGUGCAUGGGUAGUCGCGCACACAGCUAGCGCUUGCAGUGACUGCUAGGAUUAUCUUCAGCUCCAUUAAAGAGUGUGAGACUGAGUGAUGAUAUGAUGUAGGUGUACAUUUUCACUCUGCCAACCUGGUGAACUGUCUUGAUGAUCUGCUCCUUGUGCAAACUGGAAUUUCAGGAAGUGCUUGCUGCUGCUCCAGUCCUGGGAUUGCCUUGCUGCUCUAGCACUUCGGUCGAAUAGCAGGGCCAGCUGCUGCAAUCGCUUGAGAGAUGUCUGGUGACUCGGUUGAGACCACCAUACUAGUUCCACUUGUGACUUAAACCAUUUUAGUUCCUUAGCUUUCAGAAAUGGAAAGCCACAGUAUAUUAGCCCACUGUACCAGCUACCUUCCAUCAGGUGCUGCCUUUUGCGCCUAUAGCUCCCUGAAUAAUCAGUUUUCUGUGUAUAUUAUCCCAUCUUAGUCUGUGCUUUGGAUUAGAGAGUGUGAAAGUAACUAAAUAAAAACUGCAUUUGUUGUAUGUUCAUUCCUUUUUUCACUGCCUCUCUGUAAAUUUUUUUACACACACCUAUUCUGUGUAGUUUCUAAUGUACCACAACAGAUUACAAUUGACCAGAAAACUCCUGAAUUAUAUGAAACCAUAUUGGCCGGUUUAUGCCCAGGAUUUACACAGCAGUCUGGGAAAAAGCUCCUUUGAAGUUGUCAGUUGAUCAGUUCAGAAAGCCAGAAGCCCAAACACAGAUGACUCAUGUCUCCAAAUGUUGGUUUACAGAAGAACUAGAUUUUGUGUCAUUUAAAAAGGUGCUGAGGUUGUGAAAUGAUUCAUUGUGGUCCAUGAAGUAAGACUUCUAAAAUAUACCUUUAAUUAGACCAUUGGGUUGGCCACAGUCCAUGCCUCAGUAGUAGUACAUUUACAAGCUGUUGUAUUAGUGACCAGGGAGCGUUUCUGGAACUGUUGUUGAUCUUUCUGGUAAACCAGUUCAAACAAACGGUUCAUGUUCCAAAAAAUGGCUGUUUCUGGAAUGAACACCCUGCCAAUGCAAAAGUAUUGAAUACUUACCCUUUUCCUAAUUUCUGAACCAAAUCACUGGGUGUACUUGAAAAAUCUGACGGUCUUCCAAUAGCUCUUUUUGGUUUUUUUGAAUGUAGCUUUCAGUGUGUGUUGCUGUGGGUUUUUUUUUUUUUUUUUUGUG